CUGCUUCCACCACCCUCCAUUCCACUCUCAAACACCACCCCCCAUUCUCUCCAAAAAAACACUUCACCAAUCAGAACAAUCUCCGCCCCUCUCCUCUAUCUCUCCGCCACUGUUACCAUGGCAUCAGCACUCCAAAAUGCCGCCGUUUCUCUCCAAUCCAAAAUCCCACCAUCAGCCAGGCUGCCAACAAACUUCACCUCCCCGAAACCUCUCAGCCUCUCCUUCUCCGCCGCUUUCCCUUCCCUCAACCUCUCCACCACAACCACCCUCCGCCUCCGUGGUGGCUCGGCCCUGGGGACCAAAAUGUCAGCAGCAGCAGCAGGAAGUUACGCGGCAGCGCUAGCUGACGUGGCAAAAUCCAACAACACAUUAGAUGCUACCUCGUCUGACAUGGGCAAAGUAGACAAACUCUUUUCAGACACAGCAGUCUAUGACUUCUUUGCUAACCCGACAGUAGACACAGAAAAGAAACGGCAAAUGGUUGAUGAGUUUGCCAAGUCCUCACCUCUCCAACCCCAUACAGUAAACUUCGUUAAUAUACUUAUAGAUGCAAAGAGGAUUGAUUUGGUUAAAGAUAUAGUGAAAGAAUUUGAGAUGGUUUACAAUAGCUUGACGGAUACAGAGCUUGCUGUGGUGAGUUCAGUGGUGCCUUUGGAGUCGCAACAUUUGGCACAGAUAGCAAAACAAGUGCAGAAACUGACAGGAGCUAAGAAUGUAAGGGUUAAGCCAGUGAUUGACCCCAGUUUGGUUGCUGGGUUUACUGUAAGGUAUGGAAAUUCAGGGUCCAAGUUGAUUGAUAUGAGUGUGAAGAAACAGUUGGAGGAGAUUGCUGCUCAGCUUGAUUUAAGUGAUAUUGAACUUGCUGCUUAAUUUUUAUACUUUUUUUUUUUAAUUCUUUUGUGGUAAAUUAUGUGGGGAGGGGGUUGGAUUUAAUUGUUGUGGCAUGGAUUUUGGAAUAGAGUUGCUAUUUGGAAUUGUAUUUCAA